AUGGAAGGACAAUUAAUUUGUUUUCUGUGUAAGAAAAGUGAUGGAAAAAUAAUAUUGUUUUCUGAAGGAACAUUAAAAAAAUGUCAAACUAUUUUAAAGGCGAGGAAAAUACAUAACCUCCAACAUAACAGCGUUAUUUUACCAAAUGAAUAUACAGACGGUGGUUAUCACCGCGAAUGUUAUAAAAUAUUCACAGGACUGCAUAGCCAAUAUUAUUCUUUAGAACCGAUAAUUUCAAAAAUAAAAAAAAGUGUUAAGAAUCAAACAACUAGUGUAAUUACAGACGACUCAUCUGCUACCACGCCAUUGACACUUGAAUUAACAACAAAGUCAAUACCCGAACCUUCAACAACAUCAGACCAUAGUUCAUCUUCUCAAUCAACGGAACCACAACCUUCAACUUCUCAAGAACAGUCUCAUUCACCACCUUCAUUCACAGAAUCUUUCUCAAUAUCACAACCAACCUUUGAUUUUGAAUCAGGAGCAUCACAAUCUACAUCUUAUCCAGAAAAUCCGGAUGUUUCAGCAUCACAUGUAAGUGAACAUGAUGAUGCAAGUCAGGGUAUAAAUAUACAGUUGAUGCGCAGUAAAACGUCGCAAGGGACCGAACGCGCUAUUUCACUUGCACCCGCUGACUAA